CUCCCAGGUGGCUGUGGGCCCCCCCACAUGGGGGCUCGGCCUGGUUUCUGCGAAGCGUGUGCGUGUGCGUGUGUUCAUGUGCGGGGUCCUGUGAUUCAGGCAGGCCCUGCAGCUACGCUUUCCCAUGACCUAAUACGGACAGGACGGGAAGCCAGGACGCCACGGUCACCAGGCCCUCCCAGGCAGCUGCCACAAUGGGGAAACGGGGUGCGGCGUCAGGCAGCUCCCCGAGGCGGCUGGGUGACGUGUCCCCACAGAGGCAGGCCCGCAUCCUGCCCCUCACCACGCCCCAACCCAUCAUUCCAGGCCCCUUCUGUGGUCCCCAGGGACACAGGCCUGGGGCUGAGGCUCCCCCUGGACAGCUGUGACGCUGCCCACCCGAGGUCCCUGGGAACCCUGGCUCCUCUCCUAACCCUAACCCUUCUGCACGCCUCCUCCAGGGGGCUGCCGGGGGGGGGGGCAGAGAGAUGGGGUCUCGUGGUCGGAGGGGGCCUGCAGGAGCUGAGGGCCGCAUCCCUUCCACGCUCCUGCCCCCUGCGCCCCAGGGGUAAGGUGAGGGGCACACAUGUCAGGUCCCAGCCGAUGGGAAACCUGAGGACAAGCCCAGAGGAGCCUGCGCCUCCCGGGGUCCCCAGCCGGCCCCGUCCCCGGAUCCCAGCAGCCCCGCUGGGUAGAAUGCGCUUGUGUUUCCACUGCGGAGGGCUCCGCCUCCCAGACAGGCCCGGACAGCCGCCGAGAUUCCCCAGGCGCGGGAGCUGCCAAGCCGCUCAGGCAAACGGGACGCCCCCACGCACACGCACGCUCACGCACGCAGCGGCCGCCCCGCCUCACACACCCCCGCCGGCCGCCAGGCAGAGCCGGUCUGGUUUCCGGGCCGCAUCACUGCCGCCCACCGGUCUCCAUGGGCUCCCGACCCCUCCCUGGGAGAGGCCCCUGCCCAGCCUUGUCUCUCCGCUCCCCUCGGAGCCGCCCUGAGCUCGGCAGCAGCCCCUAUGACAGGCGUGGUCCAGGGCCCAGCCACAGGAAACCCGGAUCCGGGCCUGAUUCUUAGAAACAUCCCGUCCUGGCCUCCGCCCACGGUCCUUCCGCUUCCUCCCUCCGCUUCCCAGUCGACACCAAGCCAUCAGCAGCCUCUCCCGUCCUCAGCCCACAUCGCCCCCAGCAGUGACCAGGCCGGGGCACAGCUUCGGGAUGCAGCUUGCAAAGCUUCAAUAGCCCUGCCAGGGACCAGGAGGCCCUCGGUGAGGGGCUGCAGGGAGCGGUGCAGACAGCAACAGCUCUGGGGGGCCGGGCGGCACCCAGGACUCGGUGGUGGCUCGCCGGCUGUCGCCAGAGGCCGUGGCUAGCCGAGGCCUCAGUGGGUGGAGCAAUGCACCUGCUCGCGGGAGGACACUGCCUCGCCUUGCCGUCCUAGACCUCCUCCACGAUGCAGGUGGCGGUAGGUGGCGAUCUCCUGCUUCAGCCGCGUCUUCACGUCCAGCAGCACCUGGUACUCCUGGUUCUGCCACUCCAUGUCGCAGCGCAGCUGGGCCAGGUGGACCUUGACACCGCUGAUGAGCCCCUGCAGCUGGACCAGCUGGGCCCCGUAGCACGCCUCCGUCUCCGCCAGGCUGUUCUCCAGCGAUGCUUUCUGUGGCCAAGGCACCGAUGGCACCGUGAGACCCAGCCAGGACCCCCCCGGCCUCCCCAGGUGGGUUGUGGGUGCCACCAGCCAAGUGGGGCCGGAACUGGGGUAGCCAGGGCUGUGCCCAAUCUGUCCUUCUCCCAGGCCUGCGAGGAGGGUGUGUGGGGUGACAGGGGAAAGGGAGGGACCCACCAUUCUGAGCUGGGACUGCAGCUCCAUCUCCAGGUUCUGCACGGAGCGGCGCAGCUCAGAGAUCUCGCUCUUACUGCUCUGCAGGGCCUCAGUGUUGGUGGCCACCUCGCAGUUCAGCUCCUCCCUCUGAGGGACAGGGUGGCGCGGGCGCUCAGCAGGCUCCCAAGGGGAGCAGAGACCGGGUGUGGGGCUGGGCCAGGCUAGGAGCACAGGCACAACCCAACGCCGCCCCAGGGGCUCAAGGCCACCGACCGUUUGUUCCGAGGCCCCUCAGGGCCUUGCGUUGGUGCCAAUCUGAGGCCUGGGACCUUCCUGGCCCCACCUUGCUGAAGAACCAGGCCUCGGCCUCCCUGCGGUUCUUCUCCGCCAUCUGCUCGUACUGGUCGCGCAUCUCGUUCAGGAUGCGGCUCAGGUCCACUCCGGGGGCUGCAUCCAUCUCCACACUGACGUCCCCGCCAGUCCGGCCGCUCAGGGCGUUCAUUUCCUGAGCCAAGAGGACAAAGGUGCUCACCCAGGGCCACCUGGAGAGGGACCGGGACCUCAGACAGACAGACGGGUGCACGACCUGGGAUGGCAGAGGUCGCGGCCCAAGCCUCGCCGACACACAUGGUAGGCCAGCUCCUCCGUGAGGCCCUCGAUCUGCAUCUCCAGGUCCGAGCAGGUCAUGGUCAGCUCGUCCGGCCCCCUGCGCAGCCCGUUGAUGUCGGCCUCCACGCUCUGCCGCAGGCACAGCUCAUUCUCGUACCUGGAGGGGUGGCAGGGUGAGCGUGGGAAGCCGUGGACCUCACCGUUCCCUUCCCCGGGCAGCCAGGACCCAGCCCCAUUUGGUGCGGACGUCAUCUGCCGCCAGGCGGGCCUUGUCAAUCUGCAGCACGAAGCUGGCAUUGUCGAUGGCAGCCGCCAGGAUGUGGAGGGCGAGAGGCUCUGUGAGCCCCUCUGCAGCCUUCUGAGGGGGCAGCAGGGUGCCAGGACAGAGCCAGUCCGCCCGCUUCAGCCCACAGCCAGGCCACCUCAGCCCAGUCCCCCCGCAACUGCAUGUGCCUCUGCUCACCUGCACCUCCUCCGGAAGCCCUCUGGACACCCCGCCAGAUCCCCUCUCCCAACCCAGCCCUCUUUCAUCGAAAUUUUGUCCUGCUCCUCAGCAAGGGGCGCUUCCUGCCUCCACUGGACACUGAGCCCCCGGGAGCUAAGCUGGCCACAUCCAUCCGUUCCCUUUGGAAUCCCCAGGCCUGGGCGCUAUGCCAGGCCAAGUUGGGUCCCAGGCACAUUUGUCUAAUUAAGGAAUUAAUUGAUUGGC